AUGGCAAUCUGCGGGAAUUUAUUACUCUUUAGCUCCAUUGCCUUUUUGGCUUUUGCUAUUUGGUUUAAUUCUGAUGACUUCAAACCUAUGGAAUACCAUUUCCCUCCGCCUCCUCCUCUCACAGGGCCUUUAGCUCUGAACAAACCAAAAAUUUUAGAAAAAAUAUUGGAGGGGGAAGUGAUUGGGCCUGAAUCGAUUGUUGUUGAGAAAAACAUUAUAUACACCUGUACAAUGGAUGGAAAUUGUUUAAAAAUAGUCGACGGAAAAAUUGUCAAAAAAAUUCCAAUGACGAAAAAUAAGGGUUGUGAAGCAUUAACGCGCAAAAGCAUUUCUUACUGUGGACGUCCUCUAGGGAUUAGACGACGCAAUGAAAAACAAUUUAUAGUUGCUGAUGCUGUGUUGGGAAUACUUGCAAUAGACUUUGAAAAGGGUAAAAACAUUUAUUAA